UCACCUCCUACGCCCCCUCAGCUUUGUCCUCCUCUCCCCCUCCGUCUCCCUCCUCUUCCACUCUCCUCUCUGAGCCGGAGUGUAUGGCGUCUCAACUCAGUUGUUGAAUGUUCUUUGCUCUGGGCGGUUUGAUUUGCUCACACUGUAUUGGAGUGGUGUUUUUUUUCUCUCAGGACUGUUUGUCACACACAGAGAGAUUAUUUAGAGAGAUGCCAGGUGAGCAGAGCCAACUGAGAGACUGUGAGCGGAGCGCAUAGCGGAUCUGUGGAGGAGAGAAGUUGGAGGGUGAACAGGUGGAGUACUGGCAUCAGCAGCUUCAACCCAUCAGUGUAUUCACCUCCAAAAGGCGAAGGUGCCCAAACGCUCUAAUGCAUCUAUCACUGGAUACCAUGAGCAUGGUGGACGACAGCUGCCUCUCACCCAGCAACUUCCACGAAUUGGGGAAAGGUGGGGGCUUCGCGGCGGGGGGCCGCGUCCACAGCAUCGAUGUCAUUCUCGGUUUCAGCAAAGACCAGGACCCCCUCCUCAGUCCUGCUGGGGCCUCUGGACCUCAUAAAGUGGACAUAGACGGCCUGGUCGAGUCUGGGAAGCAGCAGGAACCCUCGUCACACCCGUCCUACAGCGGGCACCUUGCCUCUCUGAGAAACGGCAGCACAGAGCUGCAGCAGUACCAUGAUACUGGCUUAUACGGAAAUAAGUGCGACGAGGAACUGAGUGAGCCGAGGAAGAGCAUAGACAGUGAUGAAGGCAAGUCUCCAGAGCCUUGCAAGGAUGACCAGCCCAAGAAGAAACACAGGCGCAACCGCACCACUUUCACCACCUACCAGCUGCAUGAGCUGGAGCGUGCCUUCGAGAAGUCCCACUACCCAGACGUGUACAGUCGAGAGGAGCUGGCCAUGAAGGUGAACCUCCCUGAAGUCAGAGUUCAGGUCUGGUUCCAGAACCGCAGAGCUAAAUGGCGUCGGCAGGAGAAAAUGGAUGCCAGCACCAUGAAGCUCCAUGACUCGCCCAUGCUUUCCUUCAACCGCCCAGCGCCAGUUCACACCAGCAUGGCUCCAAUGGGCAACUCCCUCCCCUUGGACCCCUGGCUGACCUCUCCCCUGUCCAGUGCCACACCGGUCCACAGCAUCCCAGGCUUCAUGGGGCCACCUCAAGGCCUACAGCCCAGCUAUCCCAGCCACAGCUUCCACAACUCCACUCCGCAUCAGCAUCCUCAUCCUCAUCCUCAUCCUCAUCCUCAUCCUCAUCCUCAUAAUCAUCCUCAUCCUCAUCCUCAUACUCACUCUCAUCCUCAUCCAUCCAUGGGUCAGGGGAUGCAGAGUAUCGCUCCUCCUCCAUACCAGUGUCCAGCAUUAUACUCUGAUAAAUACCCUCUGGAGGACGUGGACCAGCGCAGCUCUAGUAUCGCUGCACUGAGGAUGAAAGCAAAAGAACACGUCCAGUCUAUGGAUAAGACCUGGCAACCCAUGUGACUCAAAAAAACCUGGCAGAGCACGUGAGUGACACCGGGAAAGGGGGAUGCAAACAUUUCUGUCUUGGGUUUUCAGGGUGACAGACAUUGAGUACAGUCUCGGACAAGACUGUUACCCAGAGCAAAGGAAAUUUGAUUUUGAACUCUAAAGACUGAAGAUUUUAGGACUUUUAGUUUGGACUUUCUUCUAUUUUUAUUUUCCAGUUUUCUCAUCUCAAGGACAUGAAUCAGACGAGUGAACUCUAACUUGUUUAAUCUAACCUGUUCUCCCUCCAAUCUGGAGAGAGGUUUUCAGAGGUUACAAACAUACUUGGAACUUGUAUGUAAGAAAUGGCUAAAUUAAUUUUCUCCCUGCCUGGUGAUGGUUAAUUGUCCCUUGUUACAAUUCACAUCAUAGCACAGCAGUUCAUGAACACGGUAUAACACAUGAAACUCACCCUAAUGAAGCACUGCUGUGGGUGUUAUAGUUUUUCUCAUGACUUUUUUUCCUUUAUUUGUGUCAACCAUCAGAUUGAUUUAGUCUGACAAAACAUCACAUUCUGUUGUUCAUCCUUUACUUCUACACAUUUUCCUCAGUGAGUUUGUGUUUUUACUAAUUAAUCCCAUUGUCAAAUUUAAUGGGUCAGCUAAUCAGAGUCCUUUGUGAAUGAAGGUUCAAUUUCAGUUUAAUCAGCUUUUUGAAGAAAAUCAACGCAAUAAGACACAUAACAAUUUCUGACUGUGACUUUAAAUUCAUGCCUCUCAAUAAUGUCUUGAUUUAUGAUUUAUGUAACUGGUUUUCGGUUCAUCUCACACUUAUAAAGUAUGCCACUACUUAAUAGCUGUCCAGUUUAGAAGCUUGAUACCCUGGUUUGACUGGAGGAAGAUGACAGCUCAUGGUUGUCGAUGUACAGGGAGAGGACAAUCUCCAAAUUAUGGCAUCACAAAGUGUAAAAUACAUAAUUGUGUGGCGGGAAAGUGAACUAGAUUCAGAGUUAUGAAGGCACCUUUUGAGUGGACCCGGGCUGAGAAUAUACCAAAAAUAAUCCUGCAUGAUGAUAAUCUCUUUCUGAUUUAUGCUGAGAUGCUUUAAUGAAGGAGGGGAGGGUGGAAGCAAAAGAGGAAGGCCAGCGAGAGGAAUAACCCUCUUUUUGCUUGAGUGGCUGUUGGAGGAGAAAACCUGUUGGCAGCUCAGUGUUGGGUGGCUGUGUGUACGUGCAGGGCAGCAGAAAGAGCCCUGUGUGAUGCGUCACCCCACAUAGUUUAGUCUUUGUUCAGCACAAUUGAUCCAAGUGUAUCCUCUUUGUCUGAAAGUGGAGGGGGGUGGAAACAGUCUCAGGCUGCACUAAAUAGGCCCUCGUAACCAUUUUGUCAUGGAAAAUGGUUCUUCUUUUAUCAAAGGAGGAGAAACAUGGAUUGUAGCUGCUGUGGUCAUUAGUGACACAAUAUUGUUCUUUUACCAUCUGUUACAGAGUGAGCUCUCAUUGUGUUCAAGGUAGAUCGACUCUAAACAGUAUGUUUCUUUUGAGCAGUAGAGCUCAAUUUAUCAGCACGUGGAUCAAAAAUAUUUUGGAUUUACAGCAUAUCACAAAACUGAAAAGUGAUUUGGUUCGACUUGUUUAUAGAGCAAGAGGGAGAGAAAAUCCUUCAUCUUAAAGUGCAAUUUCAGAACCCGUUUGUUAUGUUUUUAUAUAUAUGUUUUUUUAAGGAGACUAAAUUGCCUCCAUAACUUCCCAUCAUAUGGUUGUGAUAUUUCACUUUAAUGUGAUGUGAGAAUUGUUCAGACCAUAAGUCAUGAAUACAGCUACAACAGCAGAAAGAACAAAAACAAUGUUAAGGCAUUUCUGGUUCAUUGGAAAAUCCAUUGUUGAGAGAGGGAAAACACAGUGUUACAUCUGCCACCCACUCAUGAUCAGUCAUCAUGUAUUCUAAUUUUAAUUUUAUUUUUGUUAGAGGUGUCUAGACUCCAUGCUGGACAAUGCCAGGCCCAUGGAGGAAAUACUGAUUACCUUGCACAUUAAGAGCUUCUUUAGGAUGCUACAUAAAUGUGAUUUUGGACAAAGAAUAAGCCAAAGUUUAGAUGAUGGACAAAACUGCACUAGAUUUCAGUUUUAAUUUUCUUUAUGUGAAAAUGCACAGAAUAUAGUUUCCUACGGCUGUUUUGUUUUCUUACUUGUUGUAGUUAUAUUUGUCUAAGUGAUAUCAUUGUUUUCUUUCUUUUUGAUUUUGUCUGGAUAAUUGAUAUUCUGGGAAGAAUGGCAACCUGAAA